AUGGAGCACAAAGAGCCUGGGUCAGAGCAUCUCCACUUCUCUAGUGACGGCAACAACACAGCUGAAGUGAUUGCGUACAUGUGCAGAGUUGAUGCUGAAGAGCUGGAACAGGUUGAGGCGGAGAAGAACGAGCCUGUUUUCAACUUCGAUCAUCAGGAGGCACUUUGUGCAGUUCGGUUAAUUGAGAACAUCACUCAUAAUUGUCCAGAUUUGGAUGCAGCCUUGCCUCUUGGGUCUAUGUUGUGCAAAUUCUGA